AUGAACAUGACUUCCUGGCUGGGUGACACCGUCUCCGAUAAGGUCGGCGAAGCCGUGGCUUACAAGAUUGCAAACCGCGACGGCAUAAAACCCGAGCCCUCUUCGCUUCUUGAUGUAACGGAAAAUGGCAGCAAUUUCAAAGUCCGGAUGAACAUGCCAUCUGUCUCGCUAUAUGUGCUCAAGGUCCAAGGUUCACUACUCACAGUCACCGAUGGUGCAACCUCUAUGCAUGCCAGACUCUCUUCUCACUGUAGAACACGGUUUCAGAAUCAGUACUCACCCUCGCUCUCAUUCAUCGAAAAGAAAUCCAUCACCUCCACUAUUGCUGACAUCAACUACACAUCUAUUGGUCCGUUUAAUAUGCGGAUCCAGCUGCUGCUCUCCAGCUUGACUAUUUCUCUCAAUCCUAUGGACCUUACUGAUAUCAGAGUCGUUCGCAUUACACCUCUUCACACACUUCCUCGUAUCAAGGAGUAUUUGAUUCAGCUCCAACAAUUCGAGCAAUCAACAGCAGAGCCUCCAACAGCAGUCGAUGACCCCGUUUCGGUACUCGAGCCGUCUGACAUUGAGGAUUUGGAGAUGGUCGAAGCUUCACCCAGUGCUUCAAGCGCUGCAGAAAGGACCGUUUCCUUAAAGCGAUCCCAUGCACUGUCUUCUCCCAGCCAUCUCAGUUCUCAUCGAGUCGUGAAACCUCGGAUUCAUCACGAAGAUGAAGAUGUCAUUGUUCAGACAGGGAUAAAUCUACAACAACCUGUACAGCUUCAAUCCAACGAUUCUCAGGACCGCAGCAAGCUGCUAAGCCUUCUACAUAGGGGCACAGGGGCGAGAGCUUCUGUGACCACCGAUCGGGAGCAAGCUCUGCGCUUGGGUGGCUUUAUAUCAGCGCAGAUGGCUCCACCGCCAAUUCCAGCUCCUGUUAACAUUAAUGUUCAGCCACAAGCCCCGUCACAACCAGCAUCCCAGCCAAUCUCACAAACCUUCGAAUCACAGGUACCCAUGGCCGACAUCCCUGUUGUCGAGUCUGCCAAAGAGGACAUUCGUCCGAAAAAUACGUCAAUUGUGCAGCCCGAAUCAGGAAAUAUGCCCUUCGAUACACAGCCCAAAAUCCAUCUACCAAACAAUACGACAACUUCAGCCCAGCCAGAGCCAUUAGAAGUUACACAAUCAUCACUGCCGCGAGUGCCGCCAUCACGGGCACCCUUGCCGUCACAAUCAGAAGCUCUGGCAGCUUCACUGACCACUUCCAGUUCACAUUUGUUGGAUAACUCGUCUUCCAGCAUGCAGGGACCGCUACACAGAGCUCCCCCAGCGUUGAUGAUCAAAUACGCGCGUAGGCACAUACCAGGAAAUCAGAGAAAACUGCUCGACAAGCAUUCCUCGUGGUGGCCUCCAAGGCCUGGAACCACAUUCCCUCACCCAAAUGUUCCUGUGGAAGUUCUCACCAAGACUGUAGAAGCCGCAGAGCGGCGAGCAGCAAAACAAAAAGAAAAGGAGCAAGAAAAGCAGUCGCAGGAAGGCAGCGAACGAGAACGAGUGCACCUGCAAGACGCUUUGCCGGCAACCCAAGCGACAGAGAAUACUUUACUCUCGUGGGAGUCAUCACCAGAGUCUCAUACUCGGUCUCGCAUGGAUACUUUCCGUCGUUCAACCAACUUCUUGGAUCCGGAACCGCCACCGGCUAGGUUGCCACCAGGCGAGCUCCCACCUGACAGCAGUGCAGAAAAUCAGAUGCAAGUAGACGAACCUGAGGUAGUUGAGUCUCUCGACCAGAUAUCUUCAAGCCCACCCUCUGGCUCUUUGUCUCAAGAAAGCUAUGCUAUUGAGCUCGACAGCCUCGCGCCGCCACAGCAAAAUCUGCGACAGCUACCUGAGUAUCCCUUAGGCUCGCCUGAAGAGAGCUCCUCGAGGUCCAAUCCUGGUACACAGCCUGAUAAGUCCGAGUUACCAGACCCUGUGGGAAAGAGCACAUCUCACAAUAGGUCUCGACCCGAAAGAGAUGGCCGUGCUUCAUCCCCUAUUCUCGAGGUCGCUGCGAGUCCCCAGCCCUAUAAGGGAUCCGAGGAAGAGUCUGUAAUGCGUUCUCGAGGCUCAGGACAUGAUGAGCUAUCAGUGUCGCAGAAUCUCAGACAUGUCAAUGCCACAUCCUCAAUGGACGAUCAGCCUGAAAUUGAAGACGAUGUUAUCAUGGUUGAUCAACCCCAAGCUAACAAUGAUCUGGCUGUCAAUAAGCAUGAGGUACACAUUGUCGCAGAUUCUCCAAAACCUUCGUUACGACAGAAUCGGCGGACCAGCUGGGGACUUUCGGAAUCAGCUGAGACUAUCGAACAGAGACGGGCUCGUGAAAAGCGUCAGUUCUUUGAAGAGCGACGGAAGACCGCCGCUGACAACACCAAUGUCAGCACUACGGUUGUGCCAGGACCAAAAGCUCGACAGAAUGAUGAGCAUGAGAAGAACCCGGAGGCGCCUGACUUGGAUGCAGAACCAAAACCUGAUCCAAUGGACGUUGAUGAAUCAGAACCGGAACCAUCCAAGCCGGUUGACCCUAGUGUCAUCGAUAGAGCCAAGAUAAUCGAACAGUGGCGCCGGCAGAGCAGUCAGAAGGAUGACCGAUUAGUGAGCGGAGCAUCGACUACCGGGAAUGGUCCAGAAUCUGAUGCUCCUGGUCCCAAUAUUCCUAAUCAUGCUGUUUCAGAACCUUCAGUGUCCGUACCCGCUACUGACGAGGCAACUGCUCCGGAAAUGCCUGUACGUCCCGUCAGAUCAUUGCCGCCUAGGCCCUCAUGUAAUGUGGACGUGCAAGCACGCAAUCCAAAGCUUCUGAUUCGACAACAAAUAAAGAAAGGCACAUUCGGCGUCCCAAGUCGAGCUCUAUGGGUAGGAUCACUUCCAGAUUACAUCGACAACAGACAACUUCAGCAACUGUUUGCAGAGUUCAAUCCUGUUUCUGCAUCUGCUAAGAAACAGUCUGGCUUUGUCAAUUUUAACGACGUUGAUACAGCCUGCAGAGCUUUCGAAGAAAAACAUGAGACUCCCUUUCAUGGGAACAUGAUUGUGUGUAAAUUCACAGCUCCUCGCGGACCUGUUCCUGUGCAGGAGGUCUCCGAUCAUCACCCUCUUCCAAGCCCGAGUCGUCUCGUUGUACCCGCAUCGACAGCCACUCAUAAUGUUGCAAACUCUGCACCAACUCUGACUGUUGAUGAUCUGUUCCGUCAGCUGGUCAGCAAGCGCAAUUUCAAAGGCAAUAGAACGGCUUUUGAAACUUUGUGCAAGAAUUUGCACACGUCUUCCGAUGUCCCACUACCGCAUUGGGACAAUUAUGUGGUUUUGCACCCAGCUGAAUUUGUGCCGUAUGCCAAUCGGACUAUCGCUAACGGCGGACAAGUCGUCGAUUAUGAUGCAUACUGGCGUGAUCACCUUCAAAAGACCGCAAAGCCUGACCUGCGUCCUGUGUUGACCCCAGCAAGGCUAGAUGCUAUUUUCAACCCCACACAUGCUACUGGAUCAUCUGCAAACAAACCUAGCGCACCUGUUACGCCACAGACCACUCCGAAUGCAAGACGACCAUUGCCACCGCGUAGUCAAGAAACACCACCCUCAACCUCUUCUCACACUCCCAGGGCUGUGACUGAGGACUUAAGACGAUCUGUCGUCGAGCGUAAUGCUCAGAGUACGACUGAUUCACCACGAAAUGUCGCUUUGAAGCAACCUCAUCCUCUUUCCGACUUACCGGAUCCUCUCAGAACCUCAAAAUGGUUGCGCCAGAACUUCACAAAAGAUCCGCAGGGAAGAGUGGUGCAGCAAAAGCUCUACCAAAUGUACAAGGAGGACUUUUCUAAUGCCACAGUUCCACUGAUGUCG